GUUGUCGUGACACUGUCAAAGUGUCGGCUAAAUUCUUGGGCCACGAAGAAUGACUCUGUAAGAGCGUUCCUAGCCAUGUCAAGGCCGCGUAUAAGAACCUCUAUAAUCUCCUCUCCGAUGCUGAUUCAUCUUCGCUCCCUGGCACAAGAAGCCGCAGCCCUUUAACCGUGGCCCAUCCGCAUUUGCCGCCCCCCUUGCUUCGCGAAAUGUUCUAUCCUCAGAAUCCCUUCGACGAUCUGUCCUACGACACGUUCGACCCUCCACGCCCUGUGCAGUGUCAGCAGCCCGCAGCGCAGCCUCUGUCCGCAUGCUCCGUCUUCGACAGCAUGCCGGAUCCUUCAUCAAGUGUGAUCGCUCUCCACCCCGCAGCCGGAUCAAAUACCGUCGAAUUCUCGGAGGAUGUCUGGAAUCUCCUCCGUCCGGCGCCCCAGCAAUCAUAUUGGAACGGGUACUCUUCCCUUCGAGAGGCCUCUCCUGCGCUGCCCAAGCUUUCUGGUCCCAUCCCUCGUGAAUCCCAGUCACUCUUCUACGGCCUCUAUUUCAUGGUUCCCUCGCAGCCGGCUGAGAGCUAUGCCUCCUCAUUUGAACUCGACCAGUUCCAUCUCGACUACUUCCUGCCUAUGCUCGACGAAAUCCCGCCACCUCCUAUCCAUCCCGGUUCCUGUCUUCCCUUCGGCGACAACUCGCUAUCAGGCUAUUCAACGACGAGCAGCAAUCCCCUACAACCUGUAUAUCGGCAGGAGGCUAUGUAUCUUCCACAAGCAUCGUCUUCGGUCCUCUCCGAAGCGACUAAUACGUUCGACCAGGACUUCGUGCCGUUCCCCGACGAUUGGACCGCCUGGGGCCUUUAUCAAGAGGAUCCGCAUGCAGUUCACUCGAUGUUUCCUCCAUUAUCCACAUGUAAUACCUCGCAAGCAGGUCCCUCGCAUAUGACACCGUACACUGUACAGGCAUCAUCCAUGGCGCAGACUCGAGGGAAUCACCCAUCGGUUUCGGGACAUCUUCCUCCCGCGCCGCUCUUGGGCCCAUGGAACCCCUUCAAUGAGAAGCUGGACCAAGAUCAUGCCUCUUCUCUUCUGCCAUUGAAUCGCACAUCUUCAAAGCUGUCGCAGGGAGCAAUUAUUCCGCCAAACUAUCUAAUGCCAUCGUCCUCGGCUCACUCAAAUCAUAAACCGCCCCUCUUGCCGUCGAACAUCGACGCACUGCCCGUGACGCGCUCGCAAAUGGAAGCAUAUCCCGCACAGGCGUCAUCCUCAGUACACAUCCGCGAACAGGCGAAGUAUCUCCCGCUAGCGAUAGCUCACGAGGACUUUGACUAUAAAUCACGAAUAGUACCCCCACAAGACCCAAGAAUGUCCAUCAGAACGCUGAUUGCUCCGGUCUCUGGUAUGGCUGGAGAAGGGAAAGAGAAUAUCAUGCCGACGCGGAAGUUGCGGUCCAGAGCUUUCGAAUUAACAGACUCGACAAGGUUCUACAAAUGGCAGAGGAAAGGACAGGUUCCUUACCAUUGCGAAGUCUGCAAUGAGAACAUGUCACCAGACACCAAGACUGUGAGACGACAUCUCGCAACACUGUCACACCUGCGCAGGGUGGAAGAGAGACAAAACGACUUAGAGGCAUCUUCAGGCUCAUUUCAGGUAGACUCUGGCAAAGAAUCGUCGGAGAAUAUCAAGCCCCUCUGUUGCGAGCAUUGCGGGAAAUGGAUCAGGUCCAAUCGCUGCGACGUGCUGCGUCGUCAUUAUAGGACAUGCGCAGUGUUGAAGAAAUCAAAGCAAAGCGCUUGAAGUGCUGAAACAUCAGAAGCCUAAGACACACAACUCGCCAUAGCUGACCUCAAGCUUUCGUCUCAUUCAAAUACCCUUUUCCCAGUCUGCAUCGAUGAUCCUCAUUCUCUGUAUUCAGUUGUCUAGCAUCUGCAUUAUCAUGCACACCUGGAAGAUUUAACAGUUAGUCCAUCUCUUUAGUUCAGAAUUUAUGUCAUGUAUAUCUUUGCACGCCUGG